AACUAUAAAUUUGAUAUCUUCUGCCUUCUGAUAAUUCUGUCUAUAAUAACCGGUGAAAGAUGAUUGUACUUUUAGUUAUGUUUAAUUUGUGCUUUAAUUUUUAAUUUCAUAUAUAAUUUGCAAGAUAGAAGAAAUUAUCGUAAUAACAUUGAAGUAUUUAAAAUUAAUAAAAAACAAUAAAAAUAUGUAUUCUACGAAAACACCUACUCUUCGUAUCGACGAGGCUGAUUUGAAAUGUAAAAAUGGUUGUGGUUUUUAUGGCAAUGCGGAAUGGGAAGGUUAUUGCAGCAAAUGUCAUCGUGAACAUUUACAAAAGCAACGAGCACAGAGAGAGUAUAUAUCAAAUUUACAAACUGUUGACGUAGAUACGUCUAAUAAAACUUUACCUACUGGAUAUCAUAAGCACGAAGAAAAAAAAUCUCAACAAGAAAAGAAGUAUAAAUUAUUAAACAUUUCUUUUCGUAAACCUGCAUCAAAAUUACAAGGAUGUCAAGAAUUACUUUAUGAAUUAACUAAGGACAAUUCAGAUUUAGAAAAAGUUAAAGCUGAAAAUAGGGAUUUAAUUGCAUCAAUUGCAAAAACACCGGUUGAGAAAGAUGUACGAAAAUGUAUACAUUCAUUCGUAGUUGAUAUUCUUCAAAAUAAAGAUAUUAAAAGAAUAGAAGAAUUGUCUGAAAUAACUCAGACUUUUUAUCAAGUAUUUGCUAAACGUUUAGAAAAUAGUUUUAAAUAUGCAGAUAUAUCUGCAGAUAUUAAAGAAAGAUUAUUAGAUUACGUCGAAAAAUAUUCUAUGACGUUGUUAUACAGAAUUUUAUUUUGUCCACCAUUCACAACGGAUGAAGAAAAAGAUUUAGCGAUUCAAAAAAGAAUAAGACAAUUAAAUUGGGUCAGUGGAAAGAAUUUAGAAUGUCGAAUACAUGAAACAAGUUCUGAAGUCCGAGAACUUGUAUACACAUCUAUAACAGAUUUAUUAAAUAUGGAUUCUGCUAAAGCUCCACAAGAAAAAUUAGCCUGCGUUAUUUAUUGCUGUAGAAACAUAUUUUUAUUGUUACAACAAUCCGUAGAUGCACCAGCAUCUGCUGAUGAAUUUUUACCAGCUCUUAUUUUUAUCGUUUUAAAAGCCAAUCCUGCACGACUUAAAAGUAAUAUUAAUUUCAUUACAAGGUUUUGUAAUGCCAGCAGGUUAAUGACGGGAGAAGGAGGAUACUAUUUUACAAAUUUGUGCUGUGCUGUAUCUUUUAUUGAGAACUUAACUGCUGAAUCUUUAAAUAUGGCUGAAAAAGAUUUCAAUGCUUAUAUGUCAGGAGAAAGAGUACCAGCUAAUACAUGGGAAUCUGCACUAAUGAUGUGUGAAAAUUUACACUUGAUGUGCGAAGAUAUAACGUUACUUGAUAAUUUGAAAGCGAAAAAUUUAGAAAUAAUUAAAGAAGCAAACGAAUUACAAAGUAAAAUGACACAAUUUAAAGAAGAUAUAGAAGUUAAAGUAUCUACAGCUAUUGAAAAAUCUCCUUUAUUGAUAACACAAAGUCAAAGAUUGCCUACGAAUUUAGAUUCAGAUAAUAUUGAAAAUUACCAAUUACCUCCACCUAUUAUACCUCAGGUUUAUUCGCAUCCUAUUAAUGAUCAAUCUCAAAACAAUUUAUUGACGAAUAAUUCAGCCGAUUUAAGAUCUUCAUUACUGAUGGAAGAUUGUAUUACACCUUCUCCGACAUUUGAUUUUCCUUCUUUUACCGGAGAUGGCAGUUUGGAUGUCAGUAAAGCAGAUGAUGAAACGAGUCUAAUCAGUUUAGACACACAAUGUGAUUUAUUGAUGACUGAUUCCCAAUUACACGACAAAGAUACACCUGAUACAUUGCUUGGGAAUUCAAACACUUCUAGUGCAAAUCUUAUAUCAUCUAUUGAAUCAAUUGGUCAAGAAGAUUAUCAUGGAUUUACUAUACAAGGAUCGCAUAUACCAACUAUUCCUUGCAGUACAGGUGACUUGUCUAUUAAUUCAGCAGAAUUGUCAUCUGAUAGUCAUUAUUCUACUUACUUCCAUAAGAUGUAAUAUUGUUUAUAGAUUUAGAAAAUUGUUCUUUAGAUCAUCAUACAUUACAAAUUGAAUAGAGAAAAAUGAUGAAUAUAUAGAAGAAAUUAUUAGAGCAUUCCUUCUUGUUAAUAUAUAAUAUUAAUUAUUAAUUAAAAACAAGCUACUAAUUACUAUGAAUAUCUAUUACAAAAAUUCAAUUAAUAAUUGCAAUAUAUUCGCAGUGAGAGUUAAAUAUAAUUAUUAUCGUUAACGUGUACAUAAAUAAAGUGAUACAUGAUGUAAGAUUUCCGUUUUAAUAUUUUAAUUGGAUAGCAGAUAUUUAGAAUGUAAUAAUCUACGAUAGAUAUCAAAAUAUGUGUACAGUGAAAUUUUAUAGUAAUAUAUAUUUUCAUUAUUUAUUCGUAUAA